AUGAAGACGACGCACAAUAGAGUAAACUUAAGCACAUUGCAAAAUUUUAAUACAUUCGAGCUGUUACUUGCUGAGAUGAAGAACGAAAGUGAGAAAGAGCAUUAUGAGCAUCAAAGUGCUGAGAGUAAGUUUGUAAUUAUUGGUGUAUCUUCAUUCACUCGAAAUAUCGAAAUCGAAAACAGAAUCAGCAUCUUGCCAUUUACUGAUCUUAAUUCCCGCAGCAAGCAAAACCGAAAUCGAACCGUGAUCGUUGUUUUUCCCUCGAGUUCUUCCCGCACGAGACAUUCUGAUAACUCAUGCUUCCAGUUGAAUACAAUGCUCUUAGUUCUUACCGAUCAUGCUCUUACUUUUGUCCUCAAUCAUAUGAAUUUAUUUGAUACUGCAGCUACUAUGUUCUUUGUUCGACUCGUGUUUUACGUCUGA